UUUCACUACUGCAGGGAGAUCAGUCUGGCCAAGUGAAAGGAGCAAUGUGUUACAGUACUAGGUAAUCAGCAUGAAUGGGCCAGAGGCAGUUGCAGUUGGAGUCACUUAUGCAAAAAGUGAAAACUUUGAGCCACAAGCAAAAAAACAGAGACUGGAUAAUGAUGGAGAACAGGAAAUAGAUUUUGAAACUUCACUGGCUUCCAAAAGCCUGAGAGACCAAAAUGAAAUCUCAAACCUCUGUGAUGGAAAAGAGCAAGUCACAGCUGUCACUCAUGACCAGAUUGAACCCAGCAAUGAAAGCACAGCAAUUGCAGGCAGUGAGAAGAAAAGUCUAAUAAAAAUUAUGGAGGAGUCGAUUUCAGAGGGAAAUAAAAGUAUUGUCAAUGGCAAGCAACAGCUAAGUAACAACAUGGGAGACAGAAAGACUCAAGUUUUUAGUGAUUCAAAAGAUAUGCCCACCAUGAAAAAGGAAAAACCAAGUUUUGAGGAAGAUGAUCCAUUUUCAGCACUGGACUGGAAAGAUGGAAUUGCUACCCUUCCAGGGAGCAAUCUUAAGUUUAAACUGACUGAGUUUGGGACUCUAGAGAUAAUAAGUACAGUGGAAACAGAGAAGGGUGAAAUACAAUGGAGCACACCAACAGAACUUCGAAAGACAGGGAGUGAGAAAACAAAUGAAAAAUUAAGAGACGGAACUAGACCAGAUGACGAGAAAGACAGCGGUAUUCCGAAAAAAGCUAAAACGGCAAAAAACAGUUCUCCUAAUGCUACUGACGUCCUGUGCUGUGAAGUGUGCGGAAAGCAUGGAUUGCUUCAGGAAUUCUCAGCAUCAGGAAGGUUUUGUGGUUUGUCUUGUGUGGGAGUAUACACUGGCAGAAGAAACAAGGGCAGGGAGUUUGUGCGCAAAGUCAAAACUGCAGACGGAAAGAUUGUGAAGAAAAAAAAGAAGGGAAAAGGAAAGAAAAUUGGAACUGCGGAGAAACCACCGGUGGCAGCUGGUGCGCAUGACUCUAUAACGUCAGUUCAGGAUGCUCCGCUCAUGGGCAAGUUUAAACUAAAAGGUAAAGGAGAAAAACACAAAAUGAAAGCGGCCAAACAGCCAAUCUCGUUGGAACCCUCUAAUCUGACGAACGGAGAAGACGUUCCAUAUGACUCCACCAAACCGUUCGUAUGGUCAGAGUACUUAGCAGCUUGUGGUGCCAAAGCAGUUCCUAAUAUUGUUUUUAAACAGGAGAACCCCUCUCUGGAUGUGUUUCCAAAGCCAAAUCAUUCUUUCAAGAAGGAUUACAAGUUGGAGUGUAUUGACCCUAAACACCCGUCUUACGUCUGUGUGUGUACCAUUGUCAAAGUCAAAGGAGCACGCCUCAGGCUCCAUUUCGACGGCUGGUCCGAGAGUUACGACUUCUGGACUAACGUGGAUUCACCGUUUAUCUAUCCCAUGCACUGGUGUGAGAGGAUCGGCCAGGUUCUGCACCCACCAAGAAGUUUCACAAAACAGGAGUUCAAGUGGGAAAAGUACUUGAAGAAGUGUGGAGCUAGGGCGGCUCCAGAAAAUCUGUUCAGAGAGGUCCAACCAACAUUACACGGAUUUAAAAUCGGCAUGAAACUAGAAGCUGUUGAUCGCAAGAACCCGGAUCUGAUCUGUGUUGCCACGGUAACCAACGUGAUCGGCAACUAUUUCUUGGUUCAUUUCGACGAGUGGGACGACUCCUAUGACUACUGGUGUCAAGACGAUUGUCCAUAUAUUCAUCCUGUAGGGUGGUGUGCAGAGAAUGGCAAGAAACUUAACCCUCCCAAUGAUGACGAAGUGUACACAUUCCAGUGGGAGGAGUACCUGAGGGAGACUCGUACUGUUGCUGCGCCUCCAGAUCUCUUCAAAAAGCGCCCGAAGCCAAGUUUUAAGCCCGGCGAGAGAAUGGAAGCGGUUGAUAAACGGAAUCCAUCGUUAGUUCGUGCAGCCAGAGUAGCUGCAUUGGAAGAGUACAGAGUAAAGGUGCAUUUUGAUGGCUGGGAUGAUAUCUAUGAUGACUGGUUUGAUGCUGAUUCCACCGACCUACACCCAGUGGGGUGGUGCGAAAAAACGGGACAUCCUCUGGAAACACCCCUAACUACCCGGGAGAAGAUCUCAAGUGCUGCCUGUCCGACUCCAGGAUGUAAGGGCAUUGGUCAUGUAAAGGGCGCUAAGUAUUCCACUCAUCACAGCACAUUUGGCUGCCCGUAUUCAUUGCAGAACCUGAACAAAGACUCGUGCUUGGUGGAUCGGCUCUCCAACAACUCCAUGACUGAAGAAUCCGACUGGUCGUACGCUUCUAAACAGAAAACUACUGGAUUCAAAGAAGUAAAACCUGAGAUUCCUUCAAGUCCAAUCGUAGAAGGGGUGUGCCCCACACCAGGAUGCGAUGGCCUGGGUCACGUCACCGGACAUUGGAAGACUCAUUACACUCUGUCAGGCUGCCCAAACAAUGAAGCAAACCAAGGCAAGAUCUUUUCGAAGCAUACCAGCAAGUCUCCAGUCAACAAGAAAAAUCCACACCUCUCUCCCACGUCCAACAGUCCUCCCCCUGUCAUCUCAGGUACCAAAGCACCGGUUGGUGGAAGUAUCAUAUCUACCCGAAGCUCUGCCAGGAAAGUUUUUGUCAAAGAAGAGAAACAUCAAGGAAUUCGCCAGAAGUAUGCAGACAAGGCUGUUCAACAUGUCACACCGUUUUCGUUUCCGUGGCCUUUGGGAAGCCAGUUCUCCAUGAUGGGUCUUAGCGAGCUGAAGGCCGCCAUCAGUUUAGAAAAUGAAUCGGUGGCUUCCAACGAAAGGCAACGUAUCAUUAAAUGGACUGUGGAUGACGUUAUGAGUCACGUGCGCUCGCUCGGCUGCUUGGAACAGGCUAAGAUAUUUGGAGACGAGCUAAUUGACGGAGAGGCGUUCUUGUUAGUGACCCAGAACGAUAUCGUCAAUAUUCUCAAGAUCAAGCUUGGACCAGCGCUCAAAAUUUUUAACACCAUACCAAAGCAUUGAUAACGUUUCUAGUUCCUCUCCAUAAAAAAUUAUCAAACAUUUUUUUAUCCUUGCUAAACGCCGUACGUACGCAAAAGGUUGAAAAGGUAUAUCCAUCGUCAUCCAUGGAGAAGAGAGACAGGUCUAUGAAAAAAUAGAAAUGUUUUCCAGGUAGCCCGCGAAUAAAUAACAACGGAAAGCAAAAGGGUUCAAGGCACCGAGGACCUUAGAGCCAUUACGAGGACACUUCCCACAGAGUUUGUGUUGCUGAAGAGUAAUUGCUCGGGUGAACCUCAUAUUCUGACGCCAUUUUUGGCAUGAAACACCUCAGAGAACCGAUUUUACAUUUUUCUCUAACGAAAUUGGAGCAAGAAAUACUAACGCCACAUUCAGUUUUCAUUUUGACGUGCUCCAAAUUUACUACUGAGGUACAAGUAAUGUUAACUAGAACUGUGUUCUACUAAGAUAAUCCGGCAGCAUGUAAGAAACGAAGCUCCCACUUCACGGAAGUUCGUGGUUUAAUUUCAUUGCUUGGAAGUAGUUUUAGAUUAUUCGGAUUCCUAUUACCAGAUUUGUCAGCUUUGCACACCGAUUACUAACGCACUAAAACAAAAAACAAGGAAGUUUGACUGCACUGCAGUUAAUUUAUCUAAUGGAUUGGGUAACUUCCAUUAUUCAUUGUAAGGUUUUUAUUCAAUAGUAGUCACACAUAGAAAGAGUAACCUAAUUGUAUCGCUACAAUGAGUAUGUAAAUUUAUUUUUUAUAUAAACCAAUUUUAAUAUAAAUAAAAAAGAUUAUUGACCGAGA